CCGAGCCAAGGAGCGAGCUUCAGAAAUGCUGAGAAGAAAACCUAGCAAGAUCGAGGUCAAGGUGGAAGACAAGGAAGAACUCGAAGGAGCUCGCAAAUCCACCUCCACUUCCACCACCACCACCACCUCCGCCACCUCCACUCCCACUGCAUCUACCACUCUCCUCCACCACUUCGACCGCGCCAAAGACCCCUCCGCCAAACCCCAACGCAUCGGCCUCUCCUCCUAAACCUCAACCCUAAUCCAUUCCCCAAUGGAGGUCGAGGUCAAGAUCCGCCUCCCAGAUUCCUCCACCCACCGCGCCGUCUCCGCUCUCCUCUCAUCGUUUCACCGCGAAACCCAGCGCCAACAGAACCUCUUUUUUGACGGCGCCGCCGGUGAGCUCUCCUCCCGUCGCGCCGUCUUCCGCCUCCGAUUCUACGGUGACGAUUCCCGCUGCGUCGUUUCUCUCAAAGCCAAAGCGAUUUUGGUUAACGGUGUGAGUCGCGUUGAGGAAGACGAGGAGGAAAUGGAGCCGUCGAUCGGCCGCGACUGCGUUGCGGAUCCGUCGAAGCUUAGUGAGGUGGAUUCUAGGAUUUUGAGGAGGGUUAGGGAUGAAUUUGGGGUUGGUACCGGAGGGUUCGUGUGUUUGGGUGGGUUUAAGAAUGUUAGGGAUGUGUUUGAGUGGAAGGGUUUGAAAUUGGAAUUGGAUGAGACGAUGUAUGAUUUUGGAACUUGUUUUGAGAUUGAAUGCGAGAGCUCCAAUCCGGAGGAAGCAAAGCAGGUGAUUGAAGGGUUUUUGAAGGAGAAUGGAAUAAGUUACUCGGACUCUGAGGCUUCCAAGUUUGCUAUUUUUCGUUCCGGGAAGCUGCCACAGUGAGUGUUCAGCAACUGGUAAUCUGGCUGGAUAACUUACGAUGACCAUUGAUGUGGAAAAAUUAUUGUGAUGAUCGAAGAUUUAGGUCCAAAUUUCUGAAGAAAAGCAACAUUUUUCUUCCUUUUCAAACAUCUCAUUGUUCCAUGGUGGUUGCAGAUUCUGUAGGCAUCUACAACUGGAAGCAAUAUUUUCUCUUUCACAAUAAUUGUAUGCACUGCAACACCAAAUUGAUCCACUUUGAUGAUUUUUCUCUUUAUAUUUUAUUUGACUGAUAUUUUAGCUUUUAAUAAAGUUUUGGUAUGUUAGACAUGUUUCUCAA